UUAGAGAUGUAAAUGCAUUUUUUUAUUUAAAACAUUUUUAAAGCUGGACACAUGCAAAUGUAAGUAACCUGGGGACACAAUGAGUGCACAGAACUAGACAAAUUACAGUCUAUAAUUAGUUGUCGUUACAUAAAUACUGUGCAUUUAAAGGCAUGUGCUUUAUAAGAACAUUCAUUUUCAUUCUUUCUUCACAUUACUUUAUUCAGAAUUUUCAAACAAACUAAAAAUCAUUACAUGGCAGAUGUCUACAGACUUCUUUAGUGGGGGUGGACAGCCUGUUUCCGUGUAACUUUCCCUUGCAACACCACAACGAUUUCAAAACGAGGUAGAUCCUUGUAAAUUGUGUUGAAUCAACAAAAAGCCUGGUGUUGAUGGUAAAAAUGUAGAAGAUAGAGGAUAUAAAUGAAAUGACAUGAAUGAGGAAGCUCAGAAUCUACAAAGUUUAGUGCUGUGCACCAGCAGGGACAAACUGCAGACAUGGAUUUCAAGUCUCAACCAAAUACCAGUAAGCUAUUUGUGUUGUACGCUGCAAAGAAUGGAAUUUUUCGUGCUGGUGAUGCUGCCAGCGUGUGCUGCUGGUCUACAAGAUCUGUCAGGUAAAAUGUUCAUCUUUCCUCAACAAACCAACAAAGCACACGUGAGGCUGACGGCUUCAAAGCAGGACUUCAGCAGCGUGACCGUCUGUCACAGAUCAUUCGCAGACCUGACGAGAGAACAUGCGCUCUUCUCUUUGUCUACCUCCUCUAUUUCAAACGACUUCAUGAUCCAAUGGGAUGACAAAAAUAAAGAGAUUGAGCCUCAUAUCAGAGAUCAAAAGGUAGAAUAUGGAGGGCAGGACUUCAAGCUGAACAUGUGGCACUCGGUCUGCACCACGUGGGACUCCUCCUCUGGACUGGUGCAGGUUUGGAUUGACGGACAGCCCUCAGUAAGGAAAUACAUCAUCUCUGGAUCAAGCAUCAGCGGAAGCACCAUCAUCAUUCUAGGACAGGAGCAGGAUUCCCACGGCGGAGGCUUUGACAUCAACCAGUCGUUCGUUGGCAUGAUGUCUGAUGUCCACAUGUGGGACUACGUCCUCUCCUCCUGUGAGAUCCAGAAAUAUGUCGAUGAGCUAAACUUCACUCCGGGGAACGUGCUCAACUGGAAAGCGCUGGACUUUCAGAUUGUUGACAGAGUCCUGAUAGAAGAGAAGCAAAGCUCCUGUCACUGAACAUUUAGAGAACAUUAUAAGUUUCAAGUGUCCUCCUGUUACACAUAAUGUUCUCUAUAUUUUACCAGCGUCUACGCUUUGUUAAGUAAUCAUUAAUUAAAGGAUCUUUUUUCAAUUUACCUUGAUAAAAGAAAUAUGCAAAAGACUGAUUAUAACGUAAUGAAGAGCUUCCAGGUGAAAAAAGAGCACGUGUUUAGAAUGUAUAGAAAUUCCCCUGCUGUGGGGAAUUUAUUUAUAUUAUAUACAAUCCAGACUUAGGGCAAUCACCAGCCAACAGAUAGACUUGUAGCCCUGUUUAUUGUGUUUCGACACCUUCAAAUGUUAUAUGUAAGUUUUCUUCUCUUGUUUUUAAACAAGUUCUUUGGAAAUAAAUAACAUCCAGUAAAACUCCCA